ACAGUAACGUUUACGGACGAAUUUCCUCAGUCUUGAGGUAGCCUUUCAAUUUGUAACUCCUGUGCGUGGAAAACUGCAUAUGUAUCGAAAUAAACUUGCGUGGGUAUGCCUGUCUUUGCCCCUGAUCCUGAGCCUUACAGUUUCUGGGGCAACGGACGAAUUGAUCAGGUCGGAAAAUGUUGCAGGGAAGCUCCUAUUUUAUCAGAAGGAAGGCAAUGCCACGUAUCUGCGGGACAGUGGAGAGCUGGCCUCCGAGAUAACCACGGAGGCCAUGUUUGAACUGUUCGAUCCCAAGAAUACUUUACGGACAGCGCACUUCAGUUACACUUGGGACUUCGGAAACGGCGAGGUAAUAAAGGGCUUCGAACCGUUUGUGAAAUACAACUAUAUGGCAUCAGGUAACUACACCCUGCGGCUCAGAGUGGGGGCCAACGUCACCAAACCUGCCACCAUACUGACCGGGGUUUAUAGUAUGGAUGUCACGGUGCUGGAUGCCAUCAAAAACAUUGAGAUGACAGGGCCUACUACCUACCAGGUCUCUCAAAAUACCAGUCUGGCUGUUCAUGUGGAUGGAAGUCCCCCUAUGUGGGUGUGCUGGCGGAUCCUGCCCAACUGUGUGACGGACACGGCGGUGGGGUGUCAGCUGACCAUGCUGUAUGAGAACACACUUAAGCUGAAGCACACUUUCACCUCCACCGGCGUGCACUGCCUGGACAUCAGCGCACGCAACGAAGUCAGCACGCUGCAGACCUCCUACAGCUUCUUCGUCAGGAGGGCCCCCUUCAGUAACCUGUUCUUCAUCCUGCCCUGCGGAGCCGUCCUCGUGGCAACAUUCUGCUUCAUUGCAGUGGUUGCCUGUCGUCCUUGGCGUGGAAACAAGAUGAAGCUGAAGAUGGCUGCAUUCUCCAGAGGGCACACCUUCACUAAGAUGGAGCUGCGGUCCCAGCAGGAGGCCCCUGGACCCUCCUCCCGCUGCUCCUCCAUCCAGCCCUCGUCUGCAGGGAGAGCAGAGAGGCAGCCCCUCAUCAUGCAGCACGGAACACGCCCCACCCUCUACCAGACCUCACCCCCUCUCCUUCUGCUCUGUCCAAAUGAGUGUUAGAAAGGUCACACAACCUCACACUUAUCGGUUUCCGUCCGAGAGCUCCCAUUAUAACUAUUUUAAAUGUAUAUACAAAUUAUUAUAUUAAAACUUAUAAGUGUUUUUUUUCCAACUAUUCAAUGUAACAGGUUUUUCCGCAGGAAGUGUGUCAAGAGUCCAAGGGUAAUGUAGUGUAUUGGGUCUCUACGGUGAUGAAUGAUGACUGUCAGUUGCUUGGUGGGGAGGGAUCUUAAUGGUGGACACCUGGGGGCUGCGGCAUAAACCAAUCACAGACCUUGGUGAGAGAAGAACACUGAUGUGUGAGCACUGUUAUGUGAUUAAUGAGAACGACCUUGAGGCCCACAGGCAUGAGUUGCCUGGAACCUGCAGCGGCUUUGCAUCAGCACAAACUGAACUUGCUCAAUAUUUUGUCAUUUGUA